AUGUCUGACCAACAACCCCGGAAAGAUCCCAAGAAGAACCUCGCAAUCGACAUGCUACCCACUGAGAUCUGGUUCAGAAUACUCGGGCUUCUCUUCGAUGACUACUUCGCGAAACGGGAGCGCAAGGGUAGACGAUACCUUCCUCAAUACAUCGCCUCGCCCAUAGCACCUUUCAACACUCUCCCUCAAGUGUGCAAGCGCUUGCGGGAUCUCGUGCGCGCUCUCCGCGGCGUGGACGUUACUAUGCUUCACCCCAAAUUGACCCGGAACUGUUUGGCGGGACUCCAGGAGAACGAGUCGGCGCAUUUUGUCUACACCGACGCCGGCGACUGGGCGCCAUUUGAGCACACGUCCGACUUCCCCAUCCCGGACGCUGUAAAGCUUGCACUCGACGAAUUGCCGAAGGCGAGGACGCUUACGAUGUUCGCGCAAAUAUCCACGAUAGCCGACUUCCCCAUGUCACCUAUACCAGGAUUCACAGGACUCUCCAACGUCGAGAGAGUCGAGCUCUUGGCCGAAUCUCUCCAAGAGCUGUCGACUCGAACGACACCAGCCCUGCAACAGUUGCAUAUCUACGUGGAAUCCAACAUGAAGCCAGAGGACAACACGGACCAUCGUUACGGGCAAGUUCAAAGGACUUUGCACGUAAAUGAGAAGCUUUUCUGGACCCGUGGCGCGGAUCUCUUCCCUGCGCUGGAGGACCUGGCGGUGACCGGAUUACUCUGCACGGUUCGGCCGCGUCUUCCGCCGUCACUCACCAAGCUCGAGCUAUCGCGCACCUUCACCGGUAUGGACGACCUUCUCGAAAUGCUCAAGCCCCUCUCUCGUCUGCGCGAUUUGGCUCUCUCGGACUGUGCGCGUCGUCUUCCCUCAAUGGCGCCUGAUCGACACGCGAAACCCCGAGAGUCUGUACGUCUACUCAGCCUUCAGAAGCUAGUUUUACAAGAACGACUUCCGGCGCUUGUAACCAUCUUCUCCCACCUCGAAUUCCGGCCCACUACGUCGAUGGAACUCUCGAACCACGUCGACGACACCAGUGAUCAUGGGGUGAAUGCCGCGGAGGCUAUCCGCACCUUAGCGCGCGAGGUUCAAUCUCGUCUGGACCCCGAGCGGAAAGAGAACGCGUCCGUCUUCGAGGCACUAAAGGUCAAGCUCUCCGAGCCGGUCGGCGCCUUCGAUCUGCACGGUAGGGCGGGUAAUCAGACUGUCGAUAUCUGCUUCGACCAGCGUGGGAUCCAGGUUACGACGGCCUGA